AUGCCCGCCAUGCCCGCCAUGGAAGCGUGCGUGGUUCUGGAAACUCGGGGCAGCCGGCUGAUCCUGAUCCUUGGAGUCCGUGGCGGGGCUGAAGAGUCGUGUCUCUACUUACUGCACCCGCUUUGGAAUCCCAACAGGCUGGGUCGGCAGAUGCCAACCGAGAACGAGAACGGGCCCGAGACAGUCAAGUGCCGCCCAUCAGUCAUCGUCAUCAGAGAGAGCCUGCAGCUGGCUGUCAGAUGCCAACUGAACCAACUGAUCUCGGACGGCAGACAUGUCAUUAAGCAGACGCCCGGCAAAGUUCGGCGGUUCGGGGACCUGUCCCAGCCUGCUGGGUCCUGGCGCGCAACCACUGCCGUGCCGUUGCUGCACUCGGACCUCGGCUGA